AACCUCUACGGCCACCACCCCCGCAAAAAACCCGACAACAACACCGGCCCCCCGUCCGCCUCAACCCUUGCCUUUACGACCACUCUCUCCAACCUCAUCGCCCGCAGAGAUCCCCAAACCUUGUCCGCAACAGCCACACCCUCAACCUCCGCUAAAGUAUCAACCGGCCGCCCCCGCCCUUCCAAACACACCACCCACGACAAAGAUGCAAUCUUCGCGCGCCCGAACCGCGGGGCCCAGAAGCGCGCAGCCCGGGACCUCCUCAUCGAGGAUGACGACCACCGCGACACGGCGAUGAGUCAGGUGCAUCGCCAGAGUUCGGAGUUGGGAGGGAAGGUGGACGAGGCGGUGCUGCAGCGGUCGAAACGGCGGAUGCAGGAGAAGGCGCGGGUGUAUGAGGAUUUGAAGAGGGGGUUGUACCUCGGUGCGGGGGAGAGUGAUUCAGACGAGGGCGUUGGGAAUGGUGGUGGAGCUGGGGAAGAAGGGGUCGGGGAAGGGGAGAGGUAUUUACGGCGGUUGAGGAGGAAGGAGAGGGAGGGGUUGGUGGAUUUUGAUCGGAAGUGGGCGGAUACGCAGCUCCAUGAUGACCUUUCAGGGGAGGAAGGGGAAGGGGAUGGGGAUGAUGCGUCGAUUGUCUCCUACGAGGAUGAGUUGGGACGGACGAGGCGGGGUACGAGGGCGGAGGCGGCGGAGGCGGCGCGGUUGAAGGGUGCAAACGAAGACGGCGCGGAGGCGGGCGAGAGGUGGCGGCCGCGGCGGCCGGAGAAUCUCAUCUAUGGGGUCACGGUGCAGAGUCAGGCCUUUCAGCCAGACGUAAGAAUGGCGGAUCUGGCGAAGCGCCGCGAUCGCUCGGUGACGCCGCCGGAGGAGACGCAUUAUGAUGCUGACGCAGAGGUCAGGAAUCGCGGGACCGGGUUUUACGCCUUUGCUAAGGAUGAAGACACCAGACGGAAGCAGAUGGAGGAGUUGCGGGCGGCGAGGGAGGAAACGCAGAGGGAGAGAGAGGAGAAAUCCCAAAAACGCGCCAAGAGGGAAGAAGCUAGAAAUCAGAGGAUGAUGAAGGUCGAGGAGUUGAGGUCCAAGAGACGCGCCGAGAUGUUCCUGGCUGGUCUGGGCGAUGUCGGC